AUGCAUGCCUUAAUUAUUUCUAAAAACCUGUUACUACUUUCAACUGGUAAUCCAUCAAUUUCCUACGAUGGAAGAGCACUCAAAAUCGAUGGACAGAGGAGAAUCAUAAUCUCUGGAUCCAUCCAUUAUCCUCGCAGUACUACAGAAAUGUGGCCAUCCCUGAUUAGACAAGCAAAAGAAGGGGGUCUGAAUACAAUUGAAACAUAUGUAUUUUGGAACGUCCAUGAACCACUCCGUCGUCAGUACGACUUUGGUGGCAAUCUGGACCUCGUCAGGUUCAUCAAAGCCAUCCAAGACGAGGGACUUUAUGCUAUUUUAAGGAUUGGACCAUAUGUCUGUGCCGAGUGGAAUUUUGGGGGAUUUCCUGCGUGGUUGCACAAUAUGCAGAAUGUGACCUUCAGGACAACAAGCCCCGCUUUCUUGGAUGAAAUGAGAACCUUCACAACUCUGAUAGUUGAAAUGAUGAAAAAUGCUAACCUUUUUGCUUCUCAAGGAGGUCCAAUAAUCCUUGCUCAGAUUGAGAACGAAUAUGGAGAUGUUGCUUGGAAUUUUGGAAGUGUUGCAAGACCCUAUAUUCAGUGGUGUGCUCAAUUGGCUGAAUCUCUGAGCAUUGGAGUUCCAUGGAUUAUGUGUCAACAGCCAGAUGCUCCAGAUCCCAUGAUUAAUACAUGUAACGGUUUCUACUGCGAUCAGUUCAAACCCAAAAAUGACAAUAUUCCUAAAAUUUGGACAGAAAAUUGGACUGGGUGGUUCAAGGACUGGGGAGAUGCAACUCCGCGUAGAACUGCAGAAGACGUAGCAUUUGCCGUUGCUCGGUUCUAUCAAUUGAAUGGCACGGUCAUGAACUAUUACAUGUAUCAUGGCGGCACCAAUUUUGGCCGUACUUCUGGUGGACCUUAUAUCAUCACAAGUUAUGAUUACGAUGCACCACUUAAUGAAUAUGGAUUGUUGAAUCAACCAAAAUGGGGACAUCUUAGACAAUUGCACCUCCUGCUCUACUCACUGGAAAAGAUUUUGACUUACGGAGAUCAUAAAUAUCAAGAGCAUGGAACCUAUAUGCUAUCUGUGAUCUAUACUUAUGGUCCGGAAAGAGUUUGCUUUUUCGGAAAUGCAAAUUCAAAUGAUGCCAUGACACUAACCUUUGAAGGCAUACAAUAUACCAUUCCGCCAUGGUCUGUUAGCAUCUAUAGGGAUUGUCGAACUUUGGCUUACAACACUGCUCAAGUAAGUGCUCAAACAAAUGUACUAGACGCGGUUGAAGAUAUAGCUGGCUUGAAGUGGCGUUGGACGAUUGAGCCUAUUGAAAAUCUUGCCCAGAAGGUUCAUGGACGCCACCAUCCGAAGGGUCUUACUCUUGCAACAGAGUUACUCGAUCAAAAGACAGUAACCAAUGAUACGUCUGAUUACCUUUGGUACAUGACAACUGUGGACGUAAAUAAAAAGGAUCCAGUCUGGGGUGGAGACCUUACUCUUUAUGUUCAUACAACUGGGCACGUCAUCCAUGCAUUUGUCAACGGUAUUCACGUAGGGUCACAGGCUGCACAAAACGGACAUUUUGAAUUUGACUUUAGCUCUCCCGUGAGCCUUAAACAUGGGAUGAACUCAAUAUCAUUGCUUAGUGCAACGGUUGGUCUGCAGAAUUAUGGUGCAUUCUUCGACAACAUAAAGAAUGGAAUUCUGGGCCCAGUGAAAUUAGUUACACCAAAUCAUGAGGAGAAAGAUCUGUCUAAAAAUACGUGGGCUUACAAGGUUGGAAUGGGUGGAAUUGACCAGAAGCAACUUUAUCUGAACCUUCCUCAUCAAAGUUGGCAUAGUUCUCAGAAAAGCUUGCCAAUUAAUAGGAUGUUUGUUUGGUACAAGACAACUUUUGGCACUCCUUCGGGACUAGACCCAGUUGUAUUGAAUUUGCAAGACCUUGGUAAAGGAACUGCAUGGGUUAAUGGCCACAACAUUGGUCGAUACUGGCCUAGCAAUUUUGCUGCAGGUCAACAGGGUUGUCAGGCAUGUGACUAUCGCGGACAAUAUCAACCCUCACAACAAUGCCGAAGGGGAUGUGGUAACUCGACUCAGCAAUUGUACCAUGUUCCACGCUCAUUCCUGCGCGACGAGGGAAACAACGAUCUAGUCUUGUUUGAAGAAUUUGGGGGUGACCCUCGAAAUGUCAAAUUUCAAACAAUCAAACUUGUGAAGAUCUGUGCAAAUGUGGAAGAGGGGAAUAUUUUGGAUUUGUCGUGUCAAGGAAGAGUUAUGACUCGUAUCGAUUUUGCAAGUUUUGGUAAUCCAGACGGUGUUUGUGGAGCAUUUACUAAAGGAAACUGUGAAGCUUCUGAUAGCCUUUCUGUCGUUCAGGAUGCAUGCAUUGGAAAAAGCAGAUGUUCAAUUGAUUUAACCGCAAAAGGCCCUUUUCGGUGUAUUGCUGGCUGCGAAUCUUCAAAAGAGCCACGGCGCCUUGCUGUUGAGAUCUCAUGUGCUUGAUAUUUUGUUGGCUGGAGAUGUUUGAGAAGAUGGAAGUCUUUCGCAUUAGAUUUUGAGUUUUCUCCUUAGAAGUUGGGUGUGUGUAGGUAUGUAGCAAAGAUAGGUGAUAGAUGAAAUUUGUGUAGGCAUUGCAAGCGUUUCUCCGAAUAAGAGAUGCUCUAGCAUCUUUAUUACAGAUGUGGUCUAUGAAUAAGAUGUGUUUCUAUUCCUUUUCCCUCAAUAAAAAGUUAUGUGGUUCUGUC